CGAGGAAUUAUUACACAAAAAAUGUCGUAAUUAACCACGUGAUAAAAGACUUUAUUUUCUACUCGCCUGUCAUAUCUAUCACACGUGUUCUUGCAUAUCGCGAACAUCGUAGCAGCGGGGAGCUUGGCAAAUUUUUUUGGAGUCAGAAAAAUCCCCUACGCUGCAAGUCCGUCACAGGCGUGAAAUUACACAGAGCUCUACACUAUGCGUGAAAGUGAAAGGAUGCUGCUGUCCGAUCGUAGGACGAUGCGAAACAAGAGAAUCCCUGCUCCGCUAACUCCAAUGCGAAUUUUAAACCCCUUGGGGUUUGACAAUCCGAUCGCUUGUCAACCCCAGCCACCGCCGCGGCAACAGAGUGAAAGUUAUGCUAAAUUACUGGGGUCGCUGGAACAAGGAGCUGCUCCGAAGAAGGACCCGAUUAUGGACAGCGACUCCGACAGAAUCAAGCGACCGAUGAACGCGUUUAUGGUUUGGGCGCAAGUGGAACGAAGGCGGCUGGCAGAUGCCAACCCAGAGCUUCACAACGCCGAGCUCAGUAAAAUCCUGGGACAGGCUUGGAGAUCGCUGAACGGAUCGCAGAAACGACCAUUUGUAGAAGAGGCCGAACGUUUGCGACAGCAACACAUAAAGGAUUAUCCUGACUACAAAUACAGGCCAAGGAGAAGAAAACACCCGAAAAGAGUGUGUAAAAAAAUGACCACUUCACCCCCGAACUGUGCAGUGGUGCGCAAUCCCAAAGAAUCAACAGCUAGUGUCUCGCGCUCCACUUCAGGUGCCGGCUGCGGACAGCUCCUAUUUAGCUCACCAGAGAGUAAUGGUUUGAACUUUGGGCAGGCGUCUGCCCCGAUACCUUUUGCAAACGGAGAACUGAGGCUAUCACAUCUCGGAAAUACUUCCACCUUGCCGAAUUUGUCCGAGAUAAGCCUCCCCACACCUGAGACAAGCCCUGGGUCAAGCGAGUUUGGUAGCGCGUUUAAUUUCCCAACGAGCUGGCAAGACCUUCAAAACGCUCUGUUAAACCUCCAACCCAAAUCGCAGACCACUACCCCAACGCCGUACAUCGGAGUGUCUUCUUCAAACUCAGCGCCUGGCAGCCCUAUUUACUUCACGAACGGAAGUGUUCAGGCAAUAAGCUCGCCGCUCAUGGCUGGUAGCGCGAAUACACAUCUCCAGCACAACGAUACCAGUACAAGCCAGCUCUUCUCGUUCGCUCAGCACAUCGGAGAUCUGUUACCAGAAGGAGAUUUCAACAGAGAAGAAUUUGAUCAGUACCUGGACGGCACAGAAACAGCGAAUAUCAUGUGUGAUGUGGUUUGGUAAGAUCACAGCUUCGAUGGAGUAGUACAGACUUUUGACUGUAAAAUUCCAUUACGCAUAGUCUUGGUUCCGAGACUUUUUUUAAUAUUUUCAAGUGACAGCUUUCUGCCCUCAUUUUCGAUGGCAACUAGAUUUGUUUAAUAGUUUCUGUCUUGUUUUGUCUUGUUUUCAAGCGAAAUGCGUAUACAUGGAAUUAUUUUUCAAUGUACAGUUUACAUAGGGGUCAAAUACGAGUGAUGGGCACGGUUGAAGGCUAGAAGCACUGCGAGGGGCCGAGGGACAAAGUUCGUUCGUAGUUUGUUGAAAUCAUUCGUGGUGCAGUCUUCCGUAGUUUAUAUUUGGAUGUAAAAUUUCGGUUCGCUUUUAAAAUAAAGAUUUGUUAAUGAGCUUCA